AUGUCGUCCCUCGACAGUUCCCUCCUCGACCUUCCCCUCUCCAACGACACCAAAGCCCUCAUCACUCGCCACCUCUGGGAUGUGAAUAACACCCAGCAGCAGUUGAAUGCAAGAAACCUCGAGCUCCGGGCUUACUGGUCCUACUACGUCGAAGAGUGCAGCCACGCCUUGCAUGACGCGGGUAGGCACAUCUCCGCCCGAACCCAUCGCAAUGUUCUCGACAUCGUCUUUCAACUUAGAGGGGCCGUCUUGAGAGAACAACUUAGAGACUCUUUAAGACCAGCUCUUUUGAAGCCCACUCCUCCCAACGAAGAUGAGCUCCUCGAUAGCUCUAUUGACCUUGCAGCGCGGCUGCUCUUGAUGCUGGAUUUUGGCAACCUUCAAUACGGCUUCUCUGGACGCUCGCAGCUUGACUGGGACAAGGGAACCCUCAAGGACUUCGUGCACGCAUACUUCAACACCCCUCCGGCUCAUACACAUGACGGGGUAAAGCUGGAAAAGACUUUCAACGGUCGCAAUCUAGGCCGAAUCGCAGGAAUCGAGAUAGUCUGGACCAACAACCUCGCAGACCACCUCCGCAUGACCGACGACGAUACAAAAGUGACCGUAUUUCACCACGCAUCAUUCUUGGAACUCCAACUGCAGAACCCGCUUUUCCCACCAAACUUAAUCAACGAAACUCUCCGCACUCUCGCCCUCCUCUUCCCCCAAUCCGACCCACAAACACGCAAAUGGUCGCCCAAGGCGUCUGCCUUGCACAGCCUCGACCCCUGUCUCGCCCACUGCGGCCACCUCAAGACCGACGACCGGCAGAUCUCAAACUUCACAUUCUGGCACGACCGGCUCGUGAUCCUCAAGCAAGUCUUUGACGAGGCACGUCCGCGGACAUUGGCACAGUGGUGGUGCGAUCGGCGGAACGGGGUGCAGUGGUAUACCUUCUGGGUUGCGAUAGUGGUGCUGGUGCUCACGCUGUUUUUCGGGUUGGUGCAGUGUGUCGAGGGGGCGUUGCAGGUUUAUUAUACGAUGCAUUGA